CCCACCGCACCCCCGCCCAGCCCUUUCUGCCUCGUCAUCUCCUACCCCGCCAAGGCUCGACCGGUGAGUGGGGCCCUCCGAGCGCACCGGACCGGGAGCCCCACUCCACCCGGCUGGGGUAGGGAAGAAAACUGAGACCGGGCGGAAUCUGUGCGCCCACCCGCGGCGCUCUAAGGUCUGUGAGCUCCGCCCCUUCGCAGGAGUUUAACUCUGGGCUCCGGUGUAGGGGAGAUAAGGGAAGCUUGUGGUCGCACCUGGGCAAAGGCUCCCGCAGUUUCCCACGCCGCUCGCUCCCUAGCGAAAGACCCCGCGGAAGCCAGGUGGGGAGGGGGAGCCGAGACCCCCCUCCACGCCUCAGACUUGGAGCUGCCUGGUGCCCCGGGAAGGAUCUGACCCGUGACCCACCCUUGAAGGACUGGCUGGGACACAACUUCGGCAUCCCCCACAAUGGGCAACGCGCAGGAGAGACCGUCAGAGACUAUUGACCGGGAGCGGAAACGCCUGGUAGAGACGCUGCAGGCGGACUCUGGGCUGCUGCUGGACGCGCUACUGGCGCGGGGCGUGCUCACUGGGCCGGAGUACGAGGCAUUGGAUGCGCUGCCUGAUGCCGAGCGCAGAGUGCGCCGCUUGCUGCUGCUAGUACAGAGCAAGGGCGAGGCCGCCUGCCAGGAGCUGCUGCGCUGCGCCCAGCGCACUGCGCGCGUGCCCGACCCUGCCUGGGACUGGCAGCACGUGGGCACUGGCUACCGGGAACGCAGCUAUGACCCUCCAUGCCCAGGGCACUGGACACCUGAGGCAGCCGGCUCAGGGACCCCAUGCCCUGGGCUACCCAGAACUUCACAUUGCGAUGAGACCGGAGGUCCAGAGAGCUCCGAGGCAGUGCAAUCCGGAUCCCUCGAGGAGCCCGAGACAGAGCUAGAAGCUGAGGCCUCUGAAGGGGCAGAGCCAGAGUUGGAACUGCAAAUGGAUCCAGAACCAGAGGCAGAACCAGAGCCUGAACUAGAGCCAGAGCCAGAGCCAGAGCCAGAGUUGGACCCGGAUCCAGAGCCUGACCUAGAGCCUGAGCCCGAACCAGAGCCGGAGCCAGAGCCGGAGCCAGACUGCGAGGCAGGAGAUGAAUCUGAAGAUUCCUGAUGGCCAGAUCGCUGAAGGGCCACCCCUCAUCAAAGCCAAAUGGGACCCGGAUCCUGCCAUGGCAGAGUUGGAUUACCACCAAGGCUCCACCUGGCCUGGUAUUCACUGAAAGUGAAUAAACUCUGGAGGGUCAGUCUGGGCGCCCUAUGAUUCUGGCUCUUUGCCAAAAAAUAAAGGUGACCUGGGGAGCCCGGUGCCCCAUCACCUAGCCCUAUUUUGUCAACAGCUCAAGCUGCAUCUCUGGAGAUCCAGGAUCCAGGAGCCCAGUGUGAUUAAGGGUCUGACUUGGGCGCUUUUAUCUUCCUAAACCAUUUGGGGGCAUGUGUUGUCACCAGCUCUAUUCCAUGGAAGCCCCUGGGCCUGGCACAGAAAGCCAGGGAAGGAGAAUUUUUCUCCACUGGGCG